AUGACCACCACCACCAACACCCCCAAGACGAGCAACACCAAGGCACAGCAGGGCUCAGUGACGUCGCCCGAGGCCGGCAACACUCAGGGGUACCAGGGCCAUGCUGGAGUCCACGAGCAGUCACAGUGGGACGAGUACCAAGGGCAGCAGAUGAGCCACCCGUCCGACUUUGCCUUCAUUGGGUCCCAGUUCGACGUCAAGUAUGCCGUCCCCUUUAUGCCUUUGCUUCCUAAACAUCAUCGCCCUUGACUAAUCACUGGUCACAUGCAGUCAGCACCAAGGGGGCCAGCACUAGACACAAGCAUCACAUCCCGACGUCCUCAAUGCUUCCCACUUGCACC